AGGAGGGGGUAAGAGGAAAAUAGGAAAAGAAAAGAUAAAGAUUGAGAGAUACAGGUGUUGAUGGAUGGUAAAUUCACAGCAUGGCUGAGCACGAAAUGGAUUGAAAGAAGAAGGAUUGAAAUGAAAAUAGUUAGGCAUAUAGAGAGUGAUGUUCAUGAAAUGGAAAGAGGGAGAAGCAUAGCAGUGUUUUUGUGGUGCCGUACUUGCAUUACAUAAGAGAGUUUUGAUGUUAGAAAAAGAAAAUGGAUGUUUGUUUAUAUGCAUGCGUUGGAAGGCAUCUAUUCCAAAACUCAUCACCUACCACUGAUAACUCCACCCCUUCCUCUUUAUCAUCACUCACAUUCCCCUUCAUCUCCCUCUUACCCGACCACCUUUCUCUCUGUUCUUCAGAUAGCUCCACUCCAACUUAGAUUCACUCUAACAUUUUCCGCAUAUAUAUGGGAAUAGGAUUCUCGCUUAUAUAGGCAAACUUGCUUUUGCUCACACCCCAACAUUCGGAGGUCUCAAAGAUCUGCCCUUUUGAGUUUCUUCCAUUGUUUCAGCCUCUUAGUUUGUGAAGGGGCUAUUUCAAAGAUCUGGGAUUUCAGGCUUCUCACUUGUUCUUCUGAAUGAGUACUGGUAUUAAGGCUUUCUGAAAAAUGGGGUCUGGUCUUAAUGCUGAAUUAUCCAAGAAAACUCCAAUUUUCGGUCUCAAAGUUUGGGAAAUAAUUGGAAUUGUAGUUGGUUUGUCAAUAAUAGUCAUUCUUUCUGUGGUCUCACUUUGCCUUUCGUCAAGGAAGAAAUCUAGAAAAGAGAAAGACAGGAUUCCCCUUAGUCAAAUACCAACCGUGUCAAAGGAAAUCAAAGAAGUGCGGGUUGAACAAGUGCCAACUAAUUCAUUUGCUCCUCGCGAUGGAAUACUUCUUACAAUUCGGGACAAGUCCAGUGGCAAGGAAUCAGACAAUGUCAUGGUUCAUUUAGGUGUGGGGAAGAUGAAGAAUGGGAACAGCAACACUCACUCAGAUUCAUUUCGUUACAUAGAGAAAGAUGGAAGCGGUUCACACUCACAGUCCGGAGAAGAAGGUAGCUCUGGCACGUUUACUGUGUACAAGCAAUCUUCUUCACACCCUAUAACAGCUCCCUCACCUCUAUCUGGCCUUCCAGAAUUUUCUCACUUGGGUUGGGGUCACUGGUUUACCUUGAGGGAUCUUGAACUUGCCACUAACCGUUUUUCCAAAGAAAAUGUCCUGGGAGAAGGAGGGUAUGGAGUGGUUUAUAAGGGUCAGUUGGUCAAUGGAACUCCAGUGGCAGUUAAAAAGAUACUCAAUAACAUCAGUGGUCAAGCAGAGAAAGAAUUUAGAGUGGAAGUUGAAGCUAUUGGCCAUGUCCGACACAAAAACCUGGUUCGCCUUUUGGGGUUCUGCGUUGAGGGAACCCACAGGAUGUUGGUUUAUGAGUAUGUCAAUAAUGGAAACUUAGAGCAAUGGCUUCAUGGAGGAAUGCGCCACCAUGGAUACCUUACCUGGGAAGCACGUAUCAAGAUUCUGCUGGGCACAGCCAAAGCGCUAGCAUAUUUGCAUGAAGCAAUUGAGCCAAAGGUGGUACACCGUGAUAUCAAGUCAAGCAACAUAUUAAUUGAUGAUGAUUUCAAUGCCAAGGUUUCUGAUUUUGGCCUGGCCAAGUUAUUGGGUGCUGGGAAGAGUUAUGUCACCACAAGAGUUAUGGGAACUUUUGGAUACGUGGCUCCUGAAUAUGCAAAUACUGGUCUCCUAAAUGAGAAGAGUGAUGUUUAUAGCUUUGGUGUUUUGCUAUUGGAAGGAAUUACUGGAAGAGACCCAGUUGACUAUGGUCGACCAGCAAAUGAAGUGAACCUGGUUGAUUGGCUGAAGAUGAUGGUUGGUAAUAGGAGAUCAGAAGAAGUGGUGGACCCCAACAUUGAGGUGAAGCCAUCCACAAGAGCUUUAAAACGGGCUCUCUUAACAGCUUUAAGAUGUGUAGAUCCAGAUUCUGAGAAAAGGCCCAAGAUGGGCCAAGUCGUUCGCAUGAUGGAGUCAGAGGAAUACCCUUUACCAAGAGAGGACCGAAGACACCGAAGAAGAAAUCGAGGGGGGAGUGGAGAAAUGGAUUCCCAGAAGGAAUAUUCUGACACAGACAGGAGUGAGAUUCAGGAUUCCAGAGAAGAAAGAAGAGGGUGACAAGAUGGAUUCUUCUUAUUCAGAAUUUGGUGGGUGUACAAAGUGGAAGUGGUAGCUUCUUUUUUAUUUUCUUCCAUAGCUUUUCUGAUUCUUGGAUGGUACAGCUCAACAUAUUUUCAUUUUAAUAUUUCUUUUUCCAUGCAUUCAUCAGUUCUUGGAGUCCCUUUGCUUGUGUGUAGGAUAAGGUGUGGAUGCUAUUUCUGAGAUAAUAACCCAUAACGUUGGGGUCUGUACAGAACUUUAUAUCUUUCUUUCUCUUCUGCAAACUGUAUUCCAUAGUCUGUUGCUAGAAUG